CAAAAACGCCCAAACCCCCAUUUUUACACCUUCUCUCUACCAUAUCUCUUCCAAAUCUUCACCAAAUCAUCCCAUUUCAACACCAAAACACUCCCCUCAUCCUCCUCUACACACUCAUACUCACCAAUCCCAUUCUCCCCCAAUUUUCAGAGGUCCGAAAAAACCCUACCCCCACCUUCCAAUUUCGGUUUUCAAAGGCCAAAUUCACUCCAAAUGGCCCCAAGGAAAGAGAAAGGGCAAAGCUCAAGCACUAGGGCAUCCAUCCCGGGCUACGAGGACAUCCUCUUCAUGGACAACGAACACCGCACCCGCUUCGUGUCCACAAUUGAAAGGCAAGUUAAACCUUCUCGCUUUUUAUGUCAUGAUGCCCUAAAGGAAUUAGGAGUGUACAAAAUGAUGAAGAAAUUUUUUCAUGAGUUGAGCAUGGAUAAAAUUUUCAAAAUGCAAUACAACUCAAAUGAAAAAAUUAUCUAUGAAUUCCUAAGCUCUGUGCACUUUGAGAACAAUGAAGAGGACUUUAGGGAUGAUAAACUCAGGUUUUGAUUGUUUAAUCACAAUCACACCAUCACAAAACUUGAGUUCGCCGAACACUUUGGUAUUCCGGUCCCGUACCAAAAAUCUAUAUCCGACAAUACCGCCUUCGGCCACACCCUAUGGACAAAGAUGACCGGGGAGACUAAAUUUAGCUCCUCCCAACUCUACAUUAGUCAUGUCCAACAUCCCGUCCUACGCCUAUUUUUGAAAUUCCUUGCCAACUCCUCGCUUGGACGUCCCAACAACCAUCAUACUAGGAUGGGGGAUGUGUGCCUCAUCUCGGUAGCCCUAUUCCGUGUCCACGUGGAUUUCAACCUAUGUAAUCUCAUGUGGGCACAUCUAAAGAAAGAAAGUGUGGCAAAGGGUGCUAUUGUAGUGGGCGGGGUGAUUAUGCACUUGGCCACAAAGUUCGGGUAUACGGAUGACUCUCCUAUACCCGACUACUGUUUGAUGAACAUAUCUUGGCUGGGCCACUCGGGCUGUACAUCUUUUUCACACACCGUUUAUGGUGAAGAAAGGCCCAGAAAUAUGUACAACUGGCACAUCCACCCUAAACCCCUCAAAUACUUCCUCUUGCCCAACCCAGAACUCCCCCAACUCCACUUCAAAACAGGAAGAGCGGAGCAACAUUACCUCUUCCCAAACGCCCUCCCACCACAUCUCCAGGAACCGGAACAGGAACCUCCCCAAAACCAACCCGAUUACGAGCCCUAUGAGCAACUCCAUAGCCAUCCAACCAUGAGCCAGGACUUCCCAGAACAAAGCCAAAACCCUCCACCACCCGACUUCUUUCAACAACUUCUGGAGGGUCAACAACAACUGCUCACGGGAAUAACCCAAAUGGACAACCGGCUAAACCGAUUAGAGGAGGAGCAAAGAGCCGGUUUUCAAAGAUUGGAGGAUGAGCAAAGAGCCGGCUUUCAACGAUUGGAGGAGCUCAGGGAGGCCGAUAGACAUCGGUAUGAGGAAGACCAACAUAGGUUCUACAGACCUAUGUACUCUUUUAUGGCACAACAAGGAUCCUUCCAUACCAUGGCGAACCCUCCUCCACCACCCUCAUGGUAUGACCCCACUCAUUGGGGUAACUUUGGAGGAUCUGGCUCCGGGGGUGGAGGAUACGACGGCGGAGAUGGCGGGGACACCUACAUGGGAGAUGGUGGCCAAGGGAGCGGCUUUGGAGGGAGCUACUACGGAGGAGAAGGCGGGCACUAGGGACAGUGCUUGAUUCAAGUACGGGGGAGACACUCAUGAUGGCACUCAUUGUAUCCUUGUGAAGAAUAAGAAGAUUCAAGAUAAAGAAGAAGAGAGGAGGAGAAAAGAAGACAACACUAUGAGGCCAUUAAACCCAAGAUGCUCUUUUUUUAAUUUGAGUUUAAAACUCAUUUUUCUUUGUCAUCCUUGGUGGUCUUUGUGUUUGUAUUAUGUUUUUGUUGAACUGUGGAACUUUUGGACAAACAUUGACACUUGUAAACAUUUGAUCUUACUCGAGACGAGUAAAGGUUUAAGUGUGGGGGAGUUGAUACGUUCGUAAUUUCCAUAUCUAUGUUUAUGUUUUUAAUUAGUUUUGCUUGACUUUUACUUUGGAAAUUACACACUUUUGGUGUAAAUAGAUUAGAUUGUUAAAUUCUUGUAAAUAGGUUAGAUUAGAUAUAUUCUGAGCUCAAGCAGGUUUUGGUCACUCGAAGUACAGUUGGUGAACCCAAAAAGUGAAAAGAAGGUGCAAAAGUUCAAAGACAAAAGAAGAUCCUGAAUUUUGGUCUAUACUCGGUCGAGUAUUAGCUAUACUCGAUCGGGCAUUAGGUUGGAACUUCAAAUCGGAUCAGAUCCGAAGACAAGGGAACAUGCAGGGAAGAUUUCGGCCACGAUUUUAUGUCUAUACCCGAUCGGGUAGACCGACAUACCCGAUCGGGUAUGCCUUUGAAUUGCA